AUGGGCUCUGGACAGCAGUUCCAGCCCCAACAGUAUCAACAAUAUCCGGGCUAUGGACAAUUUAUUCCAUUUAGCAACACCCAAGAUCCUCGGGGCGGACCUCACCAGGCCAUGAUCUCCCAAGUCUACCAACCUACCCUUGGUAAGAUUGGUAACCCAGGUCCUCUUGGUCUGAUCGGUUUCGCUUUGACGACCUUCGUGCUCGGACUUUACCAGUGCGGUGCUGGUCUCCCUAAUUCCAACCCAUUGGGCAACGUCGGCCCUGAUCAGGCUGUCUUCGGUGUGGCUGUCUUCUUCGGAGGCAUGGCUCAGUUUGUUGCUGGCGUCAUGGAAUUUGUCCUUGGCAAUACCUUCGGUUGUACUCUCCACUGUUCAUACGGGGCUUUCUGGCUUGCCUUUGCCAUGUUCUCAGUCCCUACACUGGGCAUCCAGGCCGCCUAUAACGGAGAUCAGCGUGCCUUUAGCUUUGCUGUUGGCAUUUUCCUCAUCAUAUGGUGCUUCCUCACCAUCAUCUUCUUUGUUGCGGCGCUCAAGACAAACUUUACCAUCUUGAUGGUGCUUGGCCUGCUUGCGCUGUCUUUCUUCUUCCUCAGCAUUGCGCAGUUCGUCUCAACGGAGCACACCACUGCAGCGGUGCGACUGAACCGAGCCGGUGGUGCCUUUGCCGUCUUCUGUGCCAUGUUUGCAUUCUACGCUGGAGCGGCAGGCCUCAUGCUCAAAGACACAACCUUUGUUACCUUCCCACUUGGAGAGAUUCCAUAUCCCUCAGUCAAGCGAGAGAGGGCCGCGGCGGCGGCGAAGAAUGUUUAG